AAGAGAACGUGUGGGUGAACACAUUUUUUUUUAACUAAUGCUUAUUUGUUUUUGUGCAUGACAAAAAAAAAAAGAAAUCAAAGAAGGUGUAAACUAGGAGAAGAAAAUGAUGAGGGGGCUGCUUUUUGUUCUACUGCUGAUCCAUGCAAGUUCAGCUGCCAAGGAUGAGAAUGUGGCCCCAUGGCUAACCCUAAACGGAAAGGCGCCGACGGUGGUCGGUCGAGAAGGUUUCUCAGGGCAGUUCCCCGAAGACACGGACCUGGCGCUCGCACCAAGUUCAUACGACGGUAAUCUUAUGCUUUGCAGCGUACAGCUAACGAUGGACGGCGAAGCAAUUUGCCAGCCAAAUGUGGAUAUCAGCAAAUCCACCAACGUACAAGAAAUCCACCCAAACAAAACCAAAACUUACAACGUCAACGGCAAGAACGUCACCGGUUACUUCACCAUCGACUACACCAUUGUUGAGCUCGUAGAGAAGAUAACCGGGGUUCAGAGCACCUGGACUCGGUCAGAUGGAUUCGACGGCUACAAUAUCGCGCCGUUUAAGCGCGGCAACGAGGGCGAGUUCAUGGUGUCGAAUCUGUGGAUCAAUGUUCCGUAUGCUCAAUUCUACUCGGAAAACAAGAUGAACAUGGAGGAUUACAUUCGCCAAGUCCCUCUGACCGAAAACCACUGCCUCUCCUCGCCGGAGAUCGGUUUCCUGAAAGCAAUCAGCGGCAGAAAGGUCAAGAACCUGAAGCUCUAUUUCGCCUUUCAGGACAAGGACGAAGUGGAACCCACGACCCAGAAGAAGUACGGCUCGAUCGCGUCGGACCUGGCCGCGCUGAAGCCCAUGGUGGCCGGAAUCGUCGUCCCAAAGGAGUACAUAUGGCCGGUAGACGACUCCAACUACUUGGUCGCAAAGCCGACGACUCUCGUCACCGACGCUCAUAAGCUCGGCCUCGAAGUUUACGUUUCCGGGUUCGCAAACGACAAUGUGCUCCCCUACAACUACAGCUACGACCCAACCGCAGAGUACCUCAACUUCAUCAGCAACGGACAGUUCUCCGUCGACGGAUUGAUCACCGAUUUCCCACCCACCGCGACGGAUGCCAUGAUGUGUUUUGCGCCGUUCAACGAUAACCGGACGAAAGGAGGUUAGAGAUAUUCUUCCCUGUAAUCUUUAAACCAUACUCGAUAUGCAUAAAUGCCUGCAAGAUCAACUAACCAACCAUAUUAUACACACACAUCUCUUUACCAUGGCAGAACAACCUCUGAUCAUAACACGCGGGGGAGCCAGCGGAAUCUACGCGGAUAGCACCGACCUCGCGUACCAACAAGCGCUGGACGAUGAGGCGGAUGUGAUCGACUGCAGCGUUCAAAUGUCGCAAGAUGGAGUUGCUUUCUGUAUGCUUACUCCAGACCUCUCUACGAGUACCAACGCAGCAGCCAUCUUCAUGGAUCGUAGUAGUGAUGUCAAAGAAAUCCAGAUUGAUUCAGGAAUCUUCUCUUUCGACUUGACGUGGGAAGAGAUUCAGACGUUACAACCUCAAUUGACCAGCCCUUUCGAGAAAUUCAUCGGCCUGUACAGAAACCCUGCGUUCAAGAACAAGGGGAAGUUUGUAACCCUUGCUCAGUUCCUGGAGUUUGCCAGAUCGAAAGCGGUUACCGGCAUUAUGAUCAACUUAGAUAACGUGCCAUACCUUGCAUCAAAAGGUCUCGACAUCAUCACCACUGUCACCACAGCCUUAGCCAAGAACCAGUACGACAAGAAGGCGAGUCCACAGGUCCUGGUGCAAUCCGACGACACGUCCGUGCUAGACAAAUUCAAGAACGUCCCGUCCUACAAGAGGAUACUCAACAUCAAGGAAGACAUCAGCAGCGUGCCCAAGGCUGCUGCAGAGGAGAUCAAGAAGCACGCCGACGGAGUCACCUUGACGAGGUACUCGAUCAUCGCCACCGACCUGCUAGGCUUCACGACAGCGAAAAGAAAGACCGUGGAGACCCUCCAAGGCCUGAACCUGACGGUCUACGUCUCCAGCCUGGCCAACGAGUACGUCUCGCUAGCAUUCGAUUACUACGCAGACCCGGUGAUAGAGAUCGCCACGUACACACACACGAUCGGUGUCAACGGGUUCAUCACCGAGUUCCCCAAGACCGCCAGCAGAUACCAGAGAAGCGCUUGCUCCGACGUCAACGAUUUGAAGCGCAACUACACCAUCCUCCCAAUCGAGCCAGGAGCUCUGGUGAACUUUACUAGUCGUCCACCACCAAAAGCAGCAGAUCCUCCAACACCAGCUCUCACCUUACAAGAAGUCGUCGACCCACCAUUGCCCAAAGUAGCCAAACCACAAUCCCCUCCGAAGCCCACGCAAGAAGCACCUGCUCCAUCUUCUUCUGCACCUGCCGGACUCCACUCAACAGCUGCAGCUGUCGCCGCCGCCGCCGCCGCCGCAGUGGCGCUGCUCAGCUUACUACUCACUGCGGGAUACAAUUAGGGGGGCCUUAAACCAACCAAAAUAUCAUGUUUUCCCCCCUUACAACCUCUUGUGGCCUCCUCCUCCCCUGUAAACGAGAAUUUGCAGCAAUAAUUAAACAUUUCUAAAUCAUAAUUAGAAAAGAACUAACUUCAGUACGAACAUAAGGGUUUCUUCCCUUUGCAUUUGGGGUUUUCACAAUUGUGCAAAAUUGAAGGGAAAAAGGCAUAGGCGGAGGCUCGGAUUCGCCUUCAAUCAGACAGAAACAAAGUGAGUGGGACGGAGAAGCGGGGAAAUCAAACCAGCUGCCGUGGCUGCAACAGAAAGGAGGAGCGAGCAGUGAAAAUCCCCUAGGGAUUUGAUUUCACAGACGCUUCACGAUCCGCAAAAUGUUGCCGGGCCAGGUAACUGAUUCAGCCGCCGGCGCUUCUCCUCUCGGAAAAAAGUCUGCCUCGGUGAAACCACCGCGAAAUUUCGUCACAGCAUCCAUUGAAGAGAGAGAGAGAGAGAGAGAGAGAGAGAGAGGUUGAGCAAGUUCGGGAUCUUCGAGUAAACAUAACUGAAAACGAGUGAGAGGGAGAGGGAAUGAUAUAUCUUUCUGUGUGUUUGUGCUGCGACGGGGAGCAGGGACGGCGCGGCGGAUUCAAUAACCGGCAGAGAGAAAUCACCGGCUUCGCUGACGAUAAGCGAGAGAGAGAGAGAGAGAGUAGAUUGACGAUUGGAAGCAAUCGUUCGCCGGAGUCCAUUCCGCCGACGAGUCUCAAACUCUCGGUUGAGAGCAAAUGCCUCAUACUGAGUCAUACAAAUGAGAAUCCGGCGGAGUCGAUUUCUCAAUUUGCCGGCGGUUAGCAGGCUUUCAAUUUUCCCGGAAUUGCCCUUUCGAGGGUUCCUUUGGGCUU